AUGAUAUUCUCCAUUACUGGCAUUGUUCUCUUUGCUUAUGCGGAUGGAUUUGGUAAUCCAAAUAUGUGGGGCGUCGUGUUGGCUGUAACGUCCGCCUCCACUGCAGCUGUUUACAAAAUGCUUAUAAAGAAAUUCAUUGGAGAAGCGUCGUUUGGAAAAAUUUCGCUCUUUCUCUCCUUAAUUGGUUUUGGAAAUUUGCUUUGUCUCUGGCCCUUCAUUCUCCUGUUUUAUUUGACAAAAACCGAGACAGUCGAUUGGUCAGUACUCCCCUGGACGCCAUUAUGUGCCUCCGCCGUCCUUGCAACAGGUAAAUCUCUCUCUCUCUCUCUCUCUUCUCUCUCUCUCUCUCUCUCUCUCUCUCUCUCUCUCUCUCUCUCUCUCUCUUUUCAUCAAUUCCUUUCUAAUUACUCUGGCGUCAUCACAUUCUCCAUUUUCCUAGAAAUGGGACUUCUUAUUGGAAUUCCGUUAUGUGCAGUUGCGGAUCUGGUGUGGAGAAACGCCCAGUUUCCAGGGAUGAAGGUAUCUGCCGCCGUGUUAAUUGAAAUUGGCCUGCUGCUCAUCAUUUUGCCGGAGGGAUGGCACACAUAUGUGAUGCGUUUGUGUCGCUGUCUAAAGCAAGAGCCCAACCCAGUCACAACAACGGUGAGCAGCGAUAUGCCAAGGCCUUCCAGAUUCGAAUGGCGAAAUACGACCUAUUGA